ACGGUAAACACCGACUCAUAUUAUUUCCUUUUCGGUGACGAAACAAAAAGGAGUUUGGAGGAAUUUAUUUUUGUAAGAUUCCCCAUAUGUGCCACUGCCAGCCAGCCAGCGAUGCGAUGGUGGUGUGAGACAACAUUGGUUCCUCCUCAGUAAAAUAAAAUAAUAUUUUAACUUACACAUUGAUUUAGAGAGGGGGAAGAAGAAGACGACGACAUAAGUUAGUGAAUGUGAGGGAGGAAACCGACUCUACUACCAUCAGUUCAGUUUUAAAUCGGCAAAGCGAAAAAGCUCCUCCCUCACUUACUUUCUUUCCUUUUAUUUAUUCUCUCGUCCUCUUUUUUUAUUUUUUACUAUUCUCUUUCCCUUUUCCCUUUCCGAUCGAAAUCGACCUCAGAUCUGGUGGUGGUGGUAUCCGUAAUUGUAUUCAAUUGCGAUUACGGUUACCUUUGUUUAUUUGUUGAUAGAUAAGAUAAACUACACACAACUUGAUUCAUUCAAUUAUGGAGAGCGAAAAGAAAUCGUCGUCAAUAUCGAACUUUGGAGCAUGGGGUAUGAACGUUGUGAGUUCCGUUGGAAUUAUCAUGGCUAAUAAACAGCUUAUGUCCAACAAUGGCUAUGCUUUCACUUUCGCGACUACUUUGACUGGGUUUCACUUUGCUGUUACUGCUCUUGUCGGUCUCGUCUCAAAUGCUACCGGUUAUUCUGCUUCUAAGCAUGUUCCUUUGUGGGAGCUUAUUUGGUUCUCUGCUGUUGCCAAUAUAUCUAUCACCGGGAUGAACUUGAGCCUCAUGCUCAAUUCCGUUGGAUUCUACCAAAUAUCAAAACUAAGCAUGAUUCCGGUGGUUUGUGUGAUGGAAUGGAUCCUUCACAGCAAACACUACUCAAGGGAAGUGAAAGUGUCGGUCAUGGUUGUGGUUAUUGGUGUUGGUGUUUGCACCGUAACUGAUGUAAAUGUUAACUUCAAAGGUUUUGUGUGCGCCUGUGUAGCAGUUGUAUCAUCAUCUUUACAGCAAAUUUCAAUCGGUUCUCUGCAAAAGAAAUAUUCGAUUGGAUCUUUUGAACUGCUGAGUAAGACUGCUCCUAUUCAAGCUCUCUCUCUUAUUAUUCUUGGUCCAUUUGUUGAUUACUAUCUCAGUGGCAAGUUGAUAACCAACUUUAAGAUGUCUUCUGGUGCCAUUGUUUUCAUUCUUCUUUCAUGCACCUUAGCUGUGUUUUGUAAUGUAAGCCAGUACCUCUGCAUUGGGCGCUUCUCAGCAGUUUCCUUCCAGGUUUUAGGCCACAUGAAAACAUUAUGUGUUCUGACUUUGGGGUGGCUGUUAUUCGAUUCAGAGCUCACUUUCAAGAACAUCAUGGGAAUGGUUCUUGCAGUUGUCGGCAUGGUAAUUUAUAGUUGGGCUGUGGAGCUUGAAAAGCAGCCAAAUGCAAAGACUCUCCCUCAUUCGAAAAACAGCCUAACAGAAGAAGAAAUUAGGCUAUUGAAGGAAGGGGUAGAAAAUAGUCCGUUGAAAGAUAUUGAACUUGGUCAGGCUAAAGUUUAGAAUGACUCUCAGUCACACACAGAUGGUAAAAAUUAAAAUUGUUGGAUAAGGAUAUUGGUAUCAAGGUUAUUGUGGAUACUACUAUUUGAUUUGUUCCUUUUCUAGUUUACUUGCUGUGAAACUCUGUGUCUAUCUGUGUACACGAACUAAAAUCCAUUUUAGAAAAUGUUUCUUUAUUUUGAAUUCUAUUGUUUAUUUAUUUUUUCUUCUUCAUGUUUUGAUGAGUUUGUUGUUAUUUGUUUGGCUUGUCCUGAUUAAUUGGUAGAUGAACAAUAUGAGGGCACUAUUGUGGAAAUGUAAAAUGUGUAAGCUGAUGAAUGCCAAUAUAUUCACUCAA